AUGUCGUCGGCCAUGCUAAGGAUUGUGAUUGCCCUACUCUUCUUCACAUUGGUUCUGCAAAACUCUAAUGGGGCAGACUGGUGUGUGGCUAGACCGGAUGCCCCAGAGGCUGAAUUACAGAAAGGGAUGGAUUAUGCAUGCCAAUUUGGUCAAACCUGCUCCCAUUUACGACCUGGUGAAAGUUGCUACUUACCAAACACUGUAAAGGAUCAUGCCUCUUAUGCCUACAACAGCUACUACCAGACGCACAAGUUUGGGCCUGAGGGCGGUAAAGCUUGCUACUUCAAUGGUACUGGCAUGUACGUUUAUUCCGAUCCAAGUAAGAUACAUAGCUAA